AUGGAUCCCGAAUCGGAGCAUGCUGCAAGAGUAGCUCUAGCUGGCAACAGCACGUUGAAUGAUAUCAUCCCGCACUGGGAACGGAGCAUGACCCUGAACCCCAAAGAUCCCUUGGAGCAAGCAUCCACCGUACAGCAAACAGACUACCCAAAGUAUGAGAAGAUGAUACAGCACUGGGAAAACUUUUUGCAUGCCAACCCGCCGCCCCAGGUCCAUCUCUAUUGGAAAGAGGGACUGGCAGAGGCAAAGCAGAGGUUUACGCUGGGCCCGAAGCCGACAAAGGAGUUGAAGCAGCUGGUGGAGAAAGCCACGAGGGCCACCGAGCAAGAUCUACUCUUGAUAAAGUGGUUCUCUAUAGCUUCUCUAACGGACUCCGUCCUGAAGUAUGACAUGUGCGUGACAGUUCCACGGGUCUUGGCUCAACUGAUGGGCAUGGGACCCCCUCAGGACGACGAGUUUUCGGAAUUGCACCCCGAACAAGGCGAACUUUGGGAAGGCUACUUUGCCCCCAAGAUCCGUCAACAAUGGCCCGCCUCUAUGAGCCUGAUAUACGCCAGCAAACUCAUCACCAACUUCUGGGAUGUGGACCUGGAGGACUUUAAUUCUAUCGCGGAUAUGCACCUGAGGGCUAAGGUCUGGUAUCAGAAGAUGGAGGAGUCAUUGAAUACGGAUCAUUACGCCGACUGGAUGAAGGCGUGGAAGGAGGAGUUCCCGGAGGUGGCAGAUGGAUUCGAGGAAGAAGAUGCACUCAGAGCGUCAAAGGUUAAGGCUGAGGUUAAGGCCAGGAAGGAGGCAUGGAGAGCUAGAAUGUCCGUAUAUAAAGGAGAGGGCGAGGCAGCUAACCGAGAGGAGGCUGGACAAGAGGUUUUUGCCCUUCAUGCCCCCCCUGACAUGGUACCGGAGGAGCCGCUUGGGGGAAUGGAGCCAUCCGAUGCGGGCUGGGAGGACGUAAUGAACAUGGCUUAA